AGAAACUCCAACUGUACAACGCAAAGCCAAACGGCACCAAUGGCCACACGCCUCUCCUCCCGCCUCCUCAUCCUCCCGCCCGCAGCCACCACCACUCCUCUCCGGCCACGGCAGCCGGCCAAAGCACUCGCCGCCUCUUACCGGAGGCGCAGCCCACGCCUCGCCGUCGCGGCACAGGCGGCGCCGAGCGGCGGCGCGGUCGCCCCGCCGGCGGCUGCAGGGGACGCCGGGCUGCCGCCGGCCGAGGCGCAGCGGCUGGUGGAGUUCCUGAAGGCCGACCUGCCGCACCUAUUCGACGACGUCGGCAUCGACCGCUCCGCCUACGACGACCGCGUCCGCUUCCGCGACCCCAUCACCCGCUACGACGACAUCGACGGCUACCUCGCCAACAUCAACCUCCUCAAGGUCAUCUUCCGCCCCGACUUCUACCUGCACGACGCCAAGCAGACAGGGCCCUAUGAGAUCACCACGAGGUGGACCAUGGUCAUGAAGUUUUCUCUACUGCCGUGGAAGCCGGAGCUGGUCUUCACUGGGCUCUCGAUCAUGGGUGUCAACCCACAGAACCUCAAGUUCUGUAGCCAUGUGGAUAUAUGGGAUUCAAUACAGAACAACGAAUACUUUUCCUUUGAAGGAUUGGUGGAAGUUUUCAAGCAGCUGCGAUACUACAAGACCCCAGAUAUAGAAACACCAAAUUAUCUCGUUCUGAAAAAGACUGCAAAUUAUGAGGUCAGGAGGUAUCCACAGUUUUCAGUAGUCGAAGCAAAAGGAGAAAAACUAACAGGAUCAUCAGGUUUUAAUAAUGUUACUGGAUACAUAUUUGGCAAGAACGCUUCAUCUGAAAAGAUUCCAAUGACUACACCUGUCUUCACUCAGGCAUCUGAUGACAAACUUUCAGAUGUAUCCAUACAGAUACCUCUGCCAAUCAACAAAGACUUGAACAGUUUACCAGCUCCAAAUACAGAAGCAGUUACCUUGCGAAAGGUUGAAGGCGGCAUUGCUGCAGUGAAAAAAUUUAGUGGGCGACCAGAAGAGGAAAUUGUGGUCAAGAAAGAGAAGGAGCUACGUUCCCAGAUACUCAAAGACGGGUUGAAGCCUCAACAAGGCUGUAUGCUUGCACGUUAUAAUGAUCCUAGGACAAAGAGCUUUGUGAUGAGGAACGAGGUGCUUAUAUGGUUAAACGACUUUACACUGGAGUAGAAGUCUUCACUUAACAUUCUCUACAACAUCAUACACUGUAUAUUAGAUUUCCAGAGCCACAUCAUAGAAAGCGGAAGCUCAGCUUGUCUUCCCAAAUGUGGAUGCAGAGAUGGUGGUCACGUAAACGACAGGGUCAGAAUGAGGAGCGAUCAAUGAUUAGUACUCUGACUGACGAUGGCUGACCACCCACUAUGCAUUUCGUCGCAGUUCGACAAUUGUAUCAUGAUCCCUUUUCUAUUCUAACUUCUGAU